AUGAACAAAGAGAUCAGUAAGAUGGUGAUUGAAAAACUGAACCUAGAAAUCAAACUGUCUGUCAACAUGAUGAUCAUCGCCUGCCUGGUGUUUGUAUUUGUGCUGGUCAUGACCCCAAUUUUGGUAAAACUCAUGCACACACUGACCUCAUCAAUUCAGAAUUAUGCAAUAGAAGCGUCUCUGAAGUCAGAACAACUAAUCAUUGAGAAGCAGAGAUCUGACAGCCUCUUGUACCAGAUGCUGCCCAAGUCUGUGGCUCAACAACUGAAAAGGAACAAAACUGUUAAUGCAGAAUAUUAUGAACAAGUGACAUUGUUCUUUAGUGACAUUGUUGGCUUUACAAACAUAUCUGCAGCAAGUACACCACUACAGGUUGUUGCAUUCUUGAAUGAACUGUACCGGUUUUUUGACGAUACCCUCGACCACUAUGAUGUUUACAAAGUUGAGACUAUUGGAGAUGCAUACAUGGUUGUCAGUUCUGCGGUAGCAGGGGUUGUUGGCAACAAGAUGCCUCGGUACUGCUUGUUUGGGGACACCGUAAAUACAGCUAGUCGCAUGGAGUCUCACGGCCUGCCCAAUCGUAUCCACAUAAGUGUCUCCACCAAUACCCUACUAAUGAAACUGAGAGGCUUUACCACUGAGAGACGAGGACUUGUAGAAGUCAAGGGUAAAGGACAGAUGGAAACAUUCUGGCUGUUGAGCACGGAGAGACCUCUGCGAUCCCUGACCCAGGCCAGCACCAAGAACUUGCCUGACGUCACUAAGAACACAGUUCUAAGUACAAAUGGACUAGAUACUAGCCGGCCAACAUCCACAACUUCACAUUCACAGAUGGCCUGGGGUGACGACAAAAUUACCACAUAG